CUUUCUUCCCUUCUCCUACCCGUUCUUCUUCCACGAGGAAGAAUACAUACACCAAGAUGGGUGUCUUUGACAAGUUUACCAACGAGAAGGCCACCGGCGAGGUGUACGAGGGAGACUCGGACGCGUCGCCCGUCGACAUCCAAAAUGGAGUCAUCUCUGAGAACAAGGACGACCUUCAACGCCGUCUUGGAAACCGACAGAUUCAGCUUCUGGCCAUUGGUGGUUCCAUCGGUACUGCCCUGUUCGUGUCCAUCGGUGGUGGUCUGCAGAAGGGUGGGCCGGGCAGCUUGUUCCUGGCCUACACCAUCUACUCCGCCAUGCUGGGUCUGGUCAACAACUGUAUCGCCGAGAUGACUGUCAUGAUGCCCGUAUCUGGUGGUUUCCUCCGUCUUGCCGGUGAAUGGGUCGACGAAGCCUUUGGCUUCAUGGCUGGCUGGAACUUCUUCAUCUACGAGGCUCUCCUGAUCCCCUUCGAAAUUACUGCUCUUAUCACGGUACUCAGCUUCUGGAGAGACGACAUUCCCGCCGCCGCCGUGAUUGCCGCCUGUAUCGUGUGCUAUGCUCUCCUCAACGUUCUCGCCGUCAAGGCCUACGGUGAAGCUGAGUUCUGGCUUUCCGGAGGCAAGGUCCUCCUGAUCUUCCUGCUCUUCUCCUUCACUUUUGUGACCAUGGUUGGAGGCAACCCCAAGGGAGAUGCCUACGGCUUCCGCUACUGGAAGAACCCUGGUGCCUUUGCCGAGUACGCCGUUGCUGGCACUGAGGGCUCGAGUCUCGCCAAGUUUGAGGGUUUCCUCGGCGCUCUCUGGUCUGCCUCUUUCACCGUUGUCGGACCCGAGUACAUCUCCAUGGUUGCCGCUGAGGCCAAGCGCCCACGCAUCUACAUCAAGAAGGCGUUCAAGACCGUCUACUGGCGUUUCGGUCUCUUCUUCAUCAUGGGUGCCCUUGCGGUUGGCAUCGUUAUUCCAUACAAUGACCCAACCCUCGCGGCCAUCCGCUCCGGUGACAAGGCCGGUGCUGGUACCGGUGCUGCCUCCCCCUACGUUAUCGCCAUGCAGAACCUCGGAAUCGGCGGUCUCCCUCACUUCGUCAACGCCCUGCUGGUGACCUCCAUCUUCUCUGCCGGCAACACCUACACCUACUGCGCAACCCGCUCCCUCUACGGUCUCGCCCUCGAGGGUCGCGCUCCUGGCAUCUUCAAGUACUGCACCAAGAACGGCAUCCCGCUCGCCUGCUUCGUUUUCACCAUGCUCUUCCCCUGCUUGUCGUUCCUGCAACUCUCCAGCGGAUCCGCCAAGGUCCUCACUUGGCUCAUCAACCUGAUCACCGCCGGUGGCGUCAUCAACUACAUCGUUAUGACCAUCACCUACAUCUGCUUCUACAACGCGCUGAAGGCCCAGGGUAUCGACCGCAAGUCCCUCCCAUACACCGGAUGGUUCCAGCCAUACGGCGCUUAUAUUGGUCUCGCGUGGAUGAUUCUUAUCGUCCUCACCUACGGCUACUCCUCAUUCGUCCCGUGGUCUGUGGAGAGCUUCUUCACCUACUACUCCAUGUUGAUCCUGGCGCCAAUCCUCUUCAUCGGAUGGAAGCUGAUCCACAAGACCAAGUUCGUCAAGUCGACGCAGGCUGAUCUCGUCUGGGAGCGCCCAGUCAUCGAUGCCUACGAAGAGACCUUCAUUGACCCUCCGGUUGGUUUCUGGACUGAGAUGAUCCAGAUGAUUGGCCUCAAGCGCAAGGCCGGUGGCAACGACAAGCGCCGCGCAUCGAUUGCUUGAAAGGGCAUCGCGUUGGAAAUGUAUAUAUGCAACGGCCGAAAGAGGAUGAUGAUAUGAUGAGUUGAUGGGACGAUUUUGUUCGAGAAGAUACCAAUUUCUAGCUAUUAGCUACAGCAGUUCGAUAUGAACAAAAGAUGUUCACAACC